GUGCCUUGUGGGUAGGUCAAGGAACGAAAUCAGAGGACGCCAUGUGCUUUGUUUUCGCCGGUUUGCGGCACUGACAGACAGUGAAUGACAGUGAGGUGGUAGCUGGGCCGCAUUGCUUAUACGGGGACGGAGACGCUGCUGCCAUGAAUUGCACUCGAUUUUGCAUCCGGACCGCGCUGCGGAUCGGACCGAAGGCGCUUCGGCGGGACCUGGGAAUGUCGGUGAGGUGUGGGCAUCGAGCACUGCAGACCAGUGUAGUCCGCCUGUCAGAGGCCAUUGCCGCCGCCCCCCCCCUGGACAGAGCGCCAAAGCACUACUCCCCCAAGGUGCAGCAACUCGUCAAUGACAUCGCCAGCCUGACGCUCAUAGAGGUGUCUGACCUCAACGAGCUCCUCAAGAAAACGCUGAAUAUCCAGGAUGUGGGCGUGAUGCCGGUGGGGACGAUGGCGGCUGCUGCCUGCCCUGCUGGCCAGGCCGUUGAGGAGGAAGUGGUCCCAGAAAAGAAGGAGAAAAGCCAUUUCACUGUCAAACUGACAGAAUUGAAGGUGGCUGAAAAAGUCAGACUGAUCAAGGAGGUGAAGAACUGCAUCCAAGGCAUGAACCUAGUGCAGGCGAAGAAGCUGGUGGAGUCUUUACCUCAGGAGAUCAAGGCCAAUGUUUCGAAAGAGGAGGCAGAGAAGCUGAAGGCUGCCCUGGAGGCCGCGGGCGGCUCCGUGCUGCUGGAGUAGCGGCUCCUCUCGUCCCUCUAACGUCUUCAUUUGUUUUUUCGUUUUUUUUAAACUGUGAGAGCGGCAGAGCCGUCCAGCGAUGAUGAUGAUUCCUUCUUACUGCAGGGUCUGCCAUCAGUGAUGUGGGGUCCGUGGUGACAGACAGGGUGAGCUGCCCAGGCCUGGACCCUCACCACUGUCAUGUGACGGGGGUGGGGCACACAUAGGCUCCUCCUUUGUCUGAAGGAUAUACCUUCUGAACUGGUCUCGUGCCGCAGCUGGCUCUGUCCAUCCCGUCCAAUGUGUCUGUUGGAGUCCAUCACAGUGAAACUGUCCAUCGGCCCUCCUGUGGUGAAAUAAACACGUGAUUUAUUACACAAACAAA